AUGUCCCUCCUUGUACAGGGGCCCAUCCAUCUUCCCCAACUCGAAUCGCUUAUUUUGACCAACGAAGGGAGGCGACCCCGGCCAGCUUCUGACCAAGGCCUCUGGAUUCACCACAUCCUCAAGAACGGCCACAAACUUCGCAAGCUUAUUGUCGACCACAGCAUAUUGGGGUCGAACGCAGCUCAUCUCCUUGCCCCGUGGACGAACGCACUUACCCAUUUCUCCUUUGCGCAAGUGAUGCAGCCAUCGGAAUGGCUAGAUUUUCUCAACACGGCGACGAAUUUACGGAGCGGAUACUUUCAUGUUUCCGGGUCGCAUCCCCUACCUGACGUUACGCCCACCCACACCCGACUCGAAGAGCUGACUCUCGUCUUUCGUCAAAUCAACCCCGAAUCCUUCAAGCUUCUUAAAGCCUUCCGCUUCCCGAGGGUCUGGCAUCUUACCAUCAAGUUUCCCGAGGACCUGGGACACCGCCAGCGCAGAGGCCCCGCUUGGCCCGGGCGGUAUCACUUAGAUGCAAACUUCGCCAACCUUCACGUUCUAACAUUCGACAAGUACUGGAACUCCCAAAUCCCCUUUACCGAGUUUUGCCAACACAACUCGUGGCUCCGUGAAUUGAGGAUCGCGAUGCCAGUGUCUCAAUGUGGUGUCCUUUUCACGAUGCUGUCGCUGCUGCCAGACGACGACGCGUCUCAAACGCAUGGGCACCUCUUUCCUCGACUUACGAACCUCACUAUCCUCGCCUCGACCUGGGGACCUGGGACCGGGGUCGUCCAACUGGAGCACCUCGCCGCGAUGGACACGAUGUUGGAGUCUAGGAUCAAUCCCCCUUCUAAGGACGGCCAGCGCUCUACCGUUUGCAAGCUUCAGAAUUUUCGCCUGAUCUGCGUGCUCGGGGUUCAAGAGGACAUUCGCAAUGAACUUCGCUAUGAACUUGAAAAGAUCCAGGAUAAAUUCCAGACACUUGAGUUGUCGAUAUCCUUCGAUUUCGAGUACCCAAGCCACAAUGUCCUUUGUCCUUUACCACUAGGCCAUUCUGAGGAAUCUAUGUUAGACUUCCUGGGAAUAGGGUACUUCGAGGAUCGGCUUGAAUAG